CCAAACUCCAAUAGUAGGCAUAAAGUGAAAUAGCAAUAUUGAAUAGAAUCCUCGAGGCUAGGGUAAGGAAAAUGGGAGAAGAAGGGGAUCAAACACCAAAAACCCAUGAUUCUAAGAUUCCUGCUCCGAUUACGCACACCCAAUUUCUUCUAUGGAAACGCCAGAAGGAUGCUGAUGCAUCUGCUAAGAGAGCUGAAGCUGCUAGGAAGCGGGAAGAAGAUAUAAGAGCGGGAGUAGUGCAAAUGAAUGGUCGAGAGCUUUUUGUGAAUGAGCCUUGGGUUUUUGAUAACAAUCUUUACUGACUAUUUCUGUUCUCUCUCAAUUAUGUUGUCUUGUGUAUAGAGUUAACAUGUUAUGUAAUCUUUGAAUACAACUCGUCUUAUAUGAGACCGUAUUACCACGAGACAGACCCAUAUAAUAUCAUUUUAAAAUUAUAAA